AUGCGGUUUGAUGUCCUUAAGAUGUCAGCAGUUCAUAAUCUGGUUGCAAUCGAGCUUGCCUAUAUUAACACCAAGCACCCGGACUUCCUGGACACAGCACUGGUGUCUGCCUCUGUCAGCACCAGCAAGAAUGACCCCCCUGCGGAGGGGAGCCGGCGUUGGAAGAGUGACAAAGUGGAGGAUGCUGGCAUGGAGGAGAAGCCCAAGGGGAAUGCCCAGCCCCCCUUGUAUUCCAGCCCCUGUCGCUCCCAUGCUGUCAAUCUGCUGGACACACUGAGUUACACCCUUCCCACACAGCCCAUGCCGGCCACAUGGAACCUGAGCCAGCAGGAGCAGCAAGAUUGUGAGGUGAUCUGCAGACUCAUCAAAUCCUAUUUCCUCAUUGUGCGGAAAAGGAUCCAGGACAGCGUCCUCAAGACAAUCAUGCAUUUCCUGGUGAACUAUCUCAAGGACCAUCUGCAGAGCCAGCUGGUUGGACAGCUAUACAAGCAGCAGCUGCUGGAUAUGCUGCUUACAGAGUCAGAGGACAUGGCACAGCAGCGCAAGGAGGCUGCUGGGCUGCUCCAGGCCUUGCAGCGAGCCAGCCAGACCAUCUCUGAGAUCUGGGAGACACAACUCUGGUGAGGAUGGCUGGAGAAGCUGAGUUUCCAGACACCACACACACCCCUCCCUCUGGUUCUUUGCUGCC